ACAAGCUGAGAAUUGUUUGGAGUGAAUGGCUGUCGUUAUUACACACCACCCAUAAACCUAAACUGUCCACUCCACAUCGUCUCUCUCUCUCUCUCCAAUGGCGAGUCUCCGGUCUCUGGCUUUCUCCUCUCCCCUUUCCCGCUCUUCCCACAGCAUUCCCUCUCUUUCAGGUGUGACGGCAGGGUCUUUUCAUAGAAGUUCACAUUCCCCAUUCUGUGGUCAGCAUCUGAAGCUGCAUCGAUCAUGCUCGUCCUCACGAAGAAUAAGAUCUCAAGUUCCCAUGCUCAGUAUAAUGAUGGUUAAACCUACAAUUCAAUUCAUUCAAGGAACCGAUGAACAGACAAUUCCAGAUGUGAGGCUAACAAAAUCGAGGGACGGAACUAAUGGUAUGGCUAUAUUCAGGUUUGAUCAACCCUCGGUUUUUGAUUCUUCUAGUGAAGUUGGGGAUAUAACUGGCUUCUACAUGAUUGAUGAGGAAGGGGUCCUUCAGUCAGUUGAUGUAAAUGCCAAGUUUGUGAAUGGAAAGCCAGCAGGGAUUGAAGCAAAGUAUAUAAUGAGGAGUCCAAGAGAGUGGGAUAGAUUUAUGAGAUUCAUGGAGAGAUAUGCCAACGAGAAUGGCUUAUCUUUCAUCAAAAAAUGAUGAGGCAACUAUCCUUUUACUCCCUUCCAUUCACUUUCAGCUGACACCAUAUUAACCUUCCUAUUAUUUGAUUGAGUGAAAAUGCCAAUUUUGAAGCAACUUGUCAUUGUAGCUUGAUGCAUACUGUAUUUUCCCUCAGUGAAUUAGUUGUCUUUAUGGUGAUAUACUGGGUUACAGCAGCCUGUCUUUAAUAUAUUUUCACUUAUAGUAUA